ACCAACCCAACAGCAGGGCUGUUAUCCAAAAAAAAAAAAAACAGCAUCAGGGCGGUAGCGUAAUUUCCCUGGCCGGUUGCGGCCGACGACCUCUUCGAGAGAACGAACGAUUCUUCCUCCCGUUUGCUUCCCCUGCCCGCACUCUGCCUCGUCAAUCUCGCUCCGCGUCCCGCUUCCGCUGUUGCUUUCGUCGCCAUCUCGCUCCGGUCCCCGCCGCUGCUCCAAGUGGGAGCCAAGUCAUCUCUCUGGCCGAAGAUCCAGGUUGAGUCGGCGUCGCCGGCAGAGGCAAGAGACUCCGGCGCGAUGUCGUUGGACUCGGAGGCUUCCUCGCAGGGUGGGGACUACCGUAGCUUCCGCCAGAUCACGCGAGAUCGUUUAUUAUUUGAAAUGCUCAGAUCAACUAGGAAGAAUUCGAAAUCAACAUGGAAGGUUCUUAUCAUGGAUAAGUUUACAGUCAAGAUUAUGUCAUAUGCAUGUAAGAUGGCAGAUAUUACAGAAGAAGGUGUUUCAUUGGUCGAAGAUUUAUAUAAACGGAGGCAACCAUUGCCUUCACUGGAUGCCAUAUAUUUCAUCCAACCAACUAAAGAGAACAUUGUCAUGUUCCUAUCCGACAUGUCAGGAAGAAGCCCUUUGUACAAGAAGGCAUAUGUGUUUUUCAGUUCUCCCGUACAUAAAGAAUUAGUUGCUCAAAUAAAAAAGGAUUCAAGUGUACUACCUCGUAUUGCCGCACUUAGUGAGAUGAAUUUGGAGUACUUUGCUAUUGAUUCCCAGAGGAGCGUACUUUUUGAUGGACAAUUGAAAGAAAAAAGAAAUAGUUUAAGGAGGUUUCUAGAAGCAACGGGUUUCAUAACUGACCAUGAGAGGGCAUUGGAAGAACUUUUUAGUGAAAAUGCAGAAGGAUCUCACAAGUAUAAUGCUUGUCUGAACACAAUGGCUACUCGUAUAUCCACAGUAUUUGCAUCAAUGAGGGAAUUCCCUCGUGUACACUACCGUAUUGCCAAGACGAUUGAUGCUUCUACAAUGACAACACUACGAGACUUAGUCCCCACAAAGCUUGCUGCCAGUGUAUGGAAUUGUCUUGCGAAAUAUAAAACGACAAUACCUGAAUUUCCUCAAACAGAAACUUGUGAGCUACUUAUAGUAGACCGUUCAAUAGAUCAGAUUGCACCAAUUAUUCAUGAAUGGACUUAUGAUGCUAUGUGUCAUGAUCUGCUUUGUAUGGAUGGCAACAAGUAUGUUCAUGAGGUUCCAACUAAAAAUGGGUCGGCAACUGAAAAAAAGGAGGUCCUGUUGGAGGAUCAUGACCCUGUCUGGCUUGAGCUUAGGCAUGCACAUAUAGCAGAUGCAAGUGAGAGGCUACAUGAUAAGAUGACCAACUUCAUUUCAAAGAACAAAGCUGCACAAUUGCAUCAAGCACGAACCGAUGGAGAAUUAUCGACAAGAGAUUUACAAAAAAUGGUUCAGGCUCUUCCACAGUACAGUGAUCAAAUUGAUAAGCUUUCCCUGCAUGUUGAGAUUGCAGGAAAACUCAAUAACAUAAUAAGGGAACAAUGUCUUCGGGAUGUUGGACAGCUAGAGCAAGAUCUUGUGUUUGGCGAUGCUGGAACCAAAGAACUAAUCAACUUUUUGAGAACACAAUUGGUUGUAAGUCGUGAAAAUAAAUUACGCUUGCUGAUGAUUUAUGCAGCACUUAACCCAGAGAAGUUUGAAAGCGACAAGGGUGCAAAAUUAAUGCAGUUGGCAGGAUUAUCUGCUGAUGACAUGAUUGCUGUAAAUAAUAUGCGUUGCUUAUGUGGGCCUGAUACCAAAAAGUCUUCAGUAGGGGGUUUUACACUGAAAUUUGAUGUUCACAAGAAGAAACACACAAAUCGAAAAGAGCGAACAGGGGAAGAAUCAACAUGGGCACUCUCUCGAUUUUACCCUAUUUUGGAGCAAUUGAUUGAAAAUCUUAGCAAAGGUGAGCUGCCAAAAGAUGAAUAUAACUGUAUGAAUGACCCUAGUCCUACUGUUCAUGGACUGCCAACCAGUAGCUCUGCCCGAACAAGCCCCGCUCACUCAAUGCGAUCCAGACGAACAGGUGGCACAUGGGCAAGACCUCGUGGCUCUGAUGAUGGAUAUUCAAGUGAUUCUGUGUUGAAGCAUGCCUCCAGUGACUUCAGGAAACUUGGUCAGCGUAUAUUUGUUUUUGUAAUAGGCGGUGCUACUCGAUCAGAGUUACGUGCUGCACACAAGCUUUCAUCCAAGCUGAAGCGAGACAUCAUCCUUGGUUCAUCUAGCCUUGAUGAUCCUCCCCAGUUCAUCACAAAAUUAAAGUUGAUGUCAGUAGAAGAAUUGACACUUGAUGACCUUCAGCUGUAAAUGGUGUCCGCCCACACGGAGUGUAACCUUUUAUUUUCUCUGUUCUGUCAGCUCUUAUUUGUGGGGGCCUGUCAUAUUCAUUCGGUGAAAUGCAUUCUUAAUACCACUUUUACUGGUGAAUGUAAGAAAAAAACUGUUAUGCAAUUAAUCUUUUCAUGCAAUUAUUGUGCAACCAAAAUACCAGAAGUCAUGAGAAGUUCUCAAAAUUUUAUUGAUGAAUUUUAUUUACUCAA